AUGAGCCCUUACGUACCGUUCAUCUUGAAUGUCCUGCUCGGGGCACUGGUUCUGGGACAUCCUGGUGGCCCGGAUCAUCACAAAAAGUGUGCCCUGAAUGGCACCGUCACGGUAGAAGAUUGCUGCAAGAUCCCGAAGCUCGCCACCGAAGCGAUGUUCGAGAAGUGCAAGGAGGAAAAUGCGCGCAAGUUUCCCAAGGGGCAAGGCCGUCAUCCUCCGUGCCUUGCCAACUGCAUACUUACCGCGAUGGGUGGGUUCGCAAACGACAAGCUAGACAAGGAAGGUUUCAAGAAGAGCGUCAAGCCGUUGCUGAAGGAUAAUGCCGUCUUUGUGCCCGUUGUGGAAGCUGCCGUCGACACUUGUUACAGCAAAACAACGGAUCCCUCUAACAAACCGAAGCUCGGUGGUGCUUUCACCGACCUACCGUGCAGUGUUUUGCCAAAUCUGUUCAUUAGCUGCGUCUACACCGAGGUCUUCACGAACUGCCCGGCGACGGUCAAGAGUCAACAGAAGGAGUGUGCCGCAGUGAAUGCCAAGCUGAAGGAGGGCUGCCCUUACUUUGCGCUGCGCAAACACGAUCGCAAGGGCAAGAAGAAUAACUAA